AUGCCUGAUCUUCGAGUGAUCGAGUUGAGUGGUAACACGCUUGGUGUCGAAGCCAGUCAAGCCUUGGCCGAAGCCUUGAAGACCAAGAAGCACUUGAAGCAAGCGCUGUUAUCGGACAUCUUUACGGGUCGCUUGUUAGCAGAGAUUCCUCUUGCGUUGAAAGCUCUCUGUGACGCCUUUGAACAAGUAGAACUUCGCGAGUUGGAUUUAUCGGACAAUGCGUUUGGACCUGCGGGAGCACAACCACUUAUUGAUUUCCUCUCGAACACGUCGACUUUACAAACGUUGCGUUUAAACAAUAACGGACUUGGUUUGGGUGGCGGAGCCAUGAUUGCGCAAGCGUUACAGGCUUCUGCUGAUAAAGCCAAGGCAGAGGGUCGCGCCUCUUCUUUGCGCACCAUUAUUUGUGGUCGUAAUCGUUUGGAGGAUGGUUCUUCAGAGGCCCUGGCUCGUGCCUUUUCCUCUCACGGUACAUUGGAAGUGGUGCGUAUGCCUCAAAACGGUAUUCGACCCGAUGGUAUUCGUACGAUUGUCAACGGACUGCGUGACUGUAAAAACUUGCGUCACCUGGAUCUUCAGGACAAUACCUUUACGGUGAAGGGUUCCAAGGCCUUGGCUCAGGCUUUACCUAGCUGGCCUCAAUUGGAGAUCUUGAACGUCUCGGAUUGUUUGUUAUCGAAGCGAGGUGGUGUUCAUGUCUUUACUGCUCUGCAAAAGGGUGGAAAUAAGGGCUUAAAGGAGUUAUUGUUGCAGUACAAUGAAAUUCAAGCAGACGGUGUUCAAAUCUUGGCAGAUGCCAUCAAGGAGCAUUUAUCCCUUUUGGAGAAAUUGGAAUUGAACGGAAAUAAAUUCGAAGAGGAUCAUGAUGUGGUUGAUAUCUUGAAGGAAGCUUUAGCUACUUGGGAUCAUGAAGAUGCUUUAGAUGAAUUGGAUGAAAUGGAAGAUAUCGAUAGUGAUGAAGAAGAAGAAGAGGAAGAGGAAGAGGAGGAAGAACUUGUUAAGGAAGCUGAAGAAGCUGAAGCCCAAGAACCUACUACUCAUUUGGAUGCCUCUGAAGAACGAGAAUUAGUUGAAAAAUUACAAAAGACUCAUAUUUAA